AUGUCAGGAAGCAAUAAACCUGGAAAUGGUGAUUUCAUCACCUCACCAUUUGAUGAUGCCUUUGAAUUUGAGGAAGGAGAUAAUACAGUUAAUAAUUCGUCAUCAAAUGGUAACGGACACACAAGUGGAUCAGGUAAUUGGAAUGAUGGUCAUAAGAUGGAGGAGAAGGAAACUACUCUGGCAGACGAUACUGACAUUGAGAUAUCAUCAAUCCAACCUACCCCUCAUUUGGGUGGUGCGAAGACCGGUAUGUUUGACGAUGUGGCAUUAGAUAAUGAUGAUCAUAACGAUAGUAGCCGAGAGAUGAAAAGGUUGAGGAUGGGGACUAGGAGAGUAAAGGGUCACAAAUCCCAAUUUGGAAACAUGUCUAGGAAUAAGACAUUGAAGUGGGCAAAGAAAAAUAUCAAAAAUCCCUUUGAUGAUUUUAGCAGAGAUGAAGAAGAGGAAAAUGACAGAUCAACGAAUAGAGCUGAUCAGCUGCGAACAGUAUACCACAACCUACCCCUCCCGGAAGAAAUGUUAGAUGAAGAAGGUAAUCCUAUAAUGGAAUAUCCAAGAAAUAAAAUUCGGACGACAAAGUAUACCCCUCUUUCUUUUUUCCCGAAAAAUCUCUUGUUCCAAUUCCAGAACUUUGCCAAUGUUUACUUUUUGGUUUUAAUUAUUUUAGGUGCAUUCCAAAUAUUUGGUGUUACCAAUCCCGGCUUAAGUGCAGUGCCUCUUAUUGUGAUUGUUAUAAUCACAGCUAUCAAGGAUGGUAUUGAAGAUUCUAGAAGAACAAUUUUAGAUUUGGAGGUUAAUAAUACAAGAACUCACAUUUUAGAAGGUGUUGUAAAUGAAAAUGUCUCUGUAGACAAUGUCUCAUUAUGGAGAAGAUUCAAAAAGGCAAAUAGUAGGUUACUAAUGCAGUUUAUCCAAUGGUGCAAAGAAAGAAUGACCGAAGAUGGUAAGAGGAGAAGGUUACAGAGACAGCGUCGUAAAUUACGUAAAUCUACAAGAAAUGGGCAUGGACCUAGGAAUUCAUUGGACUCAAUGGAUAGUUACAGACCUUCUGCAGAUUAUUAUAACAGACCAUCAUUGGACUACGAUAAUAUGGGCCAUAUAGUUGGUGAGGAUGAAGAUGUUGAUAUUAUCGAUAGAACAUUACCACCAAGAACUGAUACUAGGUUUGCCCGUGAUUACUGGAAGAGCGUUAAGGUUGGAGAUAUAGUUCGUAUCCACAAUAAUGAUGAAAUUCCAGCUGAUAUUAUUUUACUAUCAACUUCUGACUCUGAUGGUGGAUGUUAUGUGGAGACAAAAAAUCUUGACGGUGAAACAAACUUGAAGGUGAGACAAGCAUUGAAGUGUAGUUAUAAGAUAAAGACGUCGAGAGAUAUUGCAAGGACAAGAUUUUGGAUUGAAAGUGAAGGUCCCCAUGCGAACCUAUACUCUUACCAAGGUAACUUGAAAUGGAAGGAUUCGACAAAUAACGAGUUGAGAAACGAACCUGUAACUAUCAACAACAUGUUGCUCCGUGGUUGUACACUAAGAAACACAAAAUGGGCAAUGGGUAUUGUUGUUUUUACUGGUGAUGAUACUAAAAUUAUGUUAAACGCAGGUGUCACUCCAACAAAAAAAUCACGUAUUUCUAGAGAAUUGAAUUUUUCAGUUUUGAUUAACUUUUUGGUUUUAUUCAUUUUGUGUUUCAUUUCUGGUUUGGCAAAUGGUAUUGAUUAUGACAAACAUCCUAGAUCAAGAGAUUUCUUUGAAUUUGGUACUGUUGCUGGUAAUCCAGCCACUAAUGGUUUUGUAUCUUUCUGGGUCGCAGUUAUUCUUUAUCAAUCAUUGGUUCCUAUCUCACUUUAUAUUUCUGUGGAAAUUAUAAAAACUGCUCAGGCUGCUUUCAUUUAUGGUGAUGUCUUGUUGUAUAAUGCCAAAUUAGACUAUCCGUGUACUCCUAAAUCAUGGAAUAUAUCAGAUGAUUUGGGCCAGAUUGAAUAUAUCUUCUCGGAUAAAACUGGUACUCUAACACAGAAUGUUAUGGAAUUCAAGAAAUGUACAAUCAAUGGUGUGUCAUAUGGUAGGGCUUAUACAGAAGCGUUAGCAGGUUUAAGAAAAAGACAAGGUAUUGAUGUUGAAGCUGAAGGUAGGAGAGAAAAAGAAGAAAUUGCAAAAGACAGAGAUGUCAUGAUCAAUGAUUUGAGAAAUCUUUCUAACAAUACCCAAUUUUUCCCUGAUGAAAUUACGUUUAUCUCAAAGGAGAUUGUUCAAGAUUUCAAGGGGCGUAACGGGGAUAUACAAAAGAAAUGUUGUGAACAUUUCAUGUUGGCUCUCGCAUUAUGCCAUUCUGUGCUGACUGAACCUAGUCCUACUAAUCCCAACAAACUUGAAAUGAAGGCUCAAUCUCCAGACGAAGCUGCAUUGGUUACUACUGCAAGAGAUCUCGGUUUUUGUUUCAUGGGUAAAACUAAAACUGGUAUGGUUGUUGAAAUACAGGGUAUUCAAAAGGAAUUUGAAAUUUUGAACAUUUUAGAAUUUAACUCUGCUAGGAAGAGAAUGAGUUGUAUCAUUAAAAUUCCUGGUGCUACCCCAAAUGAUGAACCUAGAGCACUGUUAAUUUGUAAGGGUGCUGAUUCUGUUAUUUACUCUAGAUUGAGUACUAAGGCUGGCGAAAAUGACGAAACUUUAUUAGAAAAGACUGCACUUCAUUUAGAACAGUACGCAACGGAGGGUUUGAGAACUCUUUGUCUUGCUCAAAGAGAACUAACAUGGUCUGAAUACACUGAAUGGAAUGCCAGAUAUGAUAUUGCAGCUGCAUCAUUAACUAACAGAGAGGAACAGCUUGAAAUAGUUUCUGACUCUAUAGAAAGAGACUUAAUUCUUUUGGGUGGUACUGCCAUUGAAGAUCGUUUACAAGACGGUGUACCAGAAUCCAUUGCAUUACUAGCGGAAGCUGGUAUAAAGUUGUGGGUUCUAACUGGUGACAAAGUCGAAACAGCUAUCAAUAUUGGCUUUUCAUGUAAUUUGUUGAAUAACGAUAUGGAGUUACUUGUUGUUAAAACUGCCGGUGAAGAUGUCCUUGAGUAUGGUGAGGAUCCUCACGAAGUUGUUAAUUCGCUAAUUUCCAAGUACUUAAGAGAGAAGUUUGGUCUCAGCGGAUCUGAAAUGGAAUUAGAUAACGCAAAGGGUGAUCAUUCUUUCCCUAAAGGUGAUUUUGCUGUUGUGAUAGAUGGUGAUGCGUUGAAGAUUGCCUUAACAGGUGACGAUAUGAAAAGAAAAUUCCUGCUAUUAUGUAAAAACUGUAAGGCUGUUUUGUGUUGUAGAGUUUCUCCAGCUCAAAAGGCUGCUGUUGUUAAGCUGGUUAAGAAUACUUUGGAUGUUAUGACCUUGGCUAUUGGUGAUGGUUCUAAUGAUGUUGCUAUGAUUCAAUCAGCUGAUGUUGGUAUUGGUAUUGCCGGUGAAGAAGGUCGUCAAGCCGUCAUGUGUUCCGAUUAUGCUAUUGGUCAAUUCAGAUACUUGACUAGAUUAUUACUGGUUCAUGGUAGAUGGUCUUACAAACGUCUUUCCGAAAUGAUUCCCGAGUUCUUCUAUAAGAAUGUUAUUUUCACGCUGGCACUAUUCUGGUAUGGUAUUUAUAACAAUUUUGACGGUUCCUAUUUAUUCGAAUACACUUACCUGAUGUUCUACAAUUUAGCAUUCACAUCUAUUCCAGUUAUUCUACUAGGUAUUCUUGACCAAGAUGUUAAUGACACAAUUUCCCUUGUUGUGCCUCAGCUUUACAGAGUGGGUAUUCUAAGACUGGAAUGGAACCAGACGAAGUUCUUGUGGUAUAUGUUUGAUGGUCUCUAUCAAUCGGUCAUUUGUUUCUUUUUCCCAUAUCUGCUUUACAAGAGAAAUGGUGUUGUUACCAAGAAUGGUAUGGGUUUAGAACACAGAUACUACGUUGGUAUUAUUGUCACGACCAUUGCGGUGUUUGCAUGUAACUUGUACAUAUUGAUCCACCAGUACAGAUGGGACUGGUUCAGUGGGUUUUUCAUCUUCCUGUCGUGCAUUGUUGUCAUUGGCUGGACUGGUAUUUGGACCAGUUCUUUUACCAGUUUGGAUCUAUGGAAAGCUGGUGAACGUAUCUACGAUUCACCAUCGUUCUGGGCAGUGUUUUUCAUUGGUGUGUUCUUCUGUUUGUUGCCUAGAUUCACUUGGGACUGUUACACGCAGUUCUUCAACCCUUCGGAUGUGCAGAUCAUCAGAGAGAUGUGGAAGCGCGGCGACUACGACCACUACCCCGUUGGCUACGAUCCUACGGACCCCAACAGACCCAAGAUCUCUAAAGGUGCCAAGUUCGGUGAGCGUUUGGGCCAAGGCAUAGUGCUGGAGGACGAGACCUACGCCGGUGGCAACGUGUCCCGGGACUCUGUGUUCACCGAGGAGAUCCCAAUGAACAUCAUCAGCGGCACGGACGGCACUCCGCGUGGCUUCGAGAUGUCCGGCAGAACACCCGACAUCCCGCAGACCCAGUGGGAGUCGCCGGAGCGCGAGGAGCAGAACCUGCUCAACUCACCUCAGGCCAACGUCGGGCUAGGCACAUUCGAGCAAACAGUCAGACAGUCCAUCGACAGAACUAGGGACUCCAUGCUCGCCAACCGCGAGCUCGACAACCGCUACUCCGUCGACAGGGCGCGCGCAUCCCUCGACCUGCCGGGCGUCACCCACGCCGCAGCACUGAUGGAAGAGCGCAAGAGCCGUGAGUUCAGAUAA